UUCGCUUUUUAUUUUGUGUAUGGUGGUGUGAAUCGUGUGAAUGGUUUGAGCAUCUGCCGCAUUUUUUCGGUCGGUACGUGCAAGACAUGAGUUUGCUGCUGUGUAACGUCAGUGAAGUUUUGUGAUCAACGCUCUUUGUGCUGUAGUGUAAACACUCUCGGAUAUUCCUUCGUGUGCGAAAACGAGCCGGCCGGGAAUACAGAAAGCGAGAUGCUGAUCGCAAACACCUCAGCCACGUGCCGGUUGUGUUCUCGGAUUGCAAGUUUUCGUGAUCUCCUCCGCUGCAAUCGUCUUAUUUCCAGAUGUCUUGUGACUGCGAACGACAGACAGCAGUCCUCGUCAUCGACUAAACGCAAACGACACCCGUCGGUGACUUUCCCCGAAAGAGUUUUCUCCGGUAUCCAACCUAGCGGUGUACCGCAUCUGGGCAACUAUUUCGGUGCUAUUCAAAAGUGGAAGGCGCUGCAGGACUCGGGCAGUGAUUGUAUAUUCAGCGUUGUAGACUUGCACUCCAUCACGAAGCCGCACUAUGACCCCGACAAGCUGAGGGAGAACAUCGAGCUCAUGACUGCCAGCCUCCUUGCAUGUGGAAUUGAUCCUGAAAGAUGUACACUGUUUUUGCAGUCACAGAUUCCAGAGCACGCAGAGCUUUCGUGGAUCCUCGGAUGCUUGCUCACUACGGCUAGGCUACAGCAUCUACCGACACUCAAGGACAAGACCGCUGGCAUGAAGGAAACACCCUUGGGGUUGUACCUUUACCCUGUGCUUCAGAGUGCAGAUGUGCUGCUGUACAAAGCAACGAAGGUGCCCGUGGGAAAAGACCAGUUGCCUCACAUAUUCCUAAUGCAAGAUGCAUCCGAACUCUUCAACAAGCGCUUCGGGCUGGUCUUUCCGAGACCCGAGGCCCUUUUAGUGUCCGGGGAGGCUGGUCGUUUGCGCCAUCUUCGUGACCCGACCAAGAAGAUGAGCAAAUCCAGCGACGACCCUCGCAGCUAUGUGGCAUUGGACGACCCUCCUGAGGCAGUGCGCAAAAAGAUCAAACGGGCAAUCACCGACUGCACCUCGAAAGUAACCUACGAGCCAGAGUCCCGGCCAGGUGUUGCCAACUUGGUGGCUUUGCACAGUCUGCUUACCGGUCUGAGUCCCGAGGAGGUGUGCCUGCAAGCAGAGGGCCUCGACACAGGACAGUUUAAACUGGUGGUUGCCGAUGCAGCAGUGUCCUUCCUGGAACCAAUACAGCAGCGAAUGCGGGAGCACCUGUCGGAUCGUGCUCGCCUGUGGAACAUUCUAGAAGAAGGCUCAAGAAGAGCACGCCAAAUUGCCGUUACGACAAUGGACGAAGUGCACAGAAUAUCUGGCAUGGCCCCUCUCCAUGUCAAGGACAGUGCGAAACCAUUGGCACAGACUGCAAGUUGUUAGGCAUCUUCCAAGAAGUGGUGCUUGAAUAGAACAGACUCUUAGUAGAGCCUGUAUUGUUGACUCUGUGUGUUGCCUCGUCUCAGUUUAAUUUUGUGAGAGACGACCAAGACUGAUUCACAUAGCUCAUACACAUAGUGUGCUUUGCCACUGGAAAAAUUUGAGCUGUGUCACGAAGCACACGCAUUUCACGCUGCCUCCCCUAAUUGUGAUACCUCAAAUGUAAACAUAUUUAUUGCAAUUUAUAAGAAGACAAAAAAAAGUGGCACAUUAGAGCAUGAUGGGGAAAAUAGUACAUAUAUAUACAGUUGAAGUGUUCCUUAAAAGCUUUAAUUUCAUAUAUUUAGACGAAAAAAGUUCUUUACUGGCAGAGCAAAAAAAAAAAGGAAGGGCAUAGUUCUCAUUUCUGCAUUUUUUUUUUUUUGCCCAAAUUGCAGUACUGGUAUACUAGUGCGACAUCAAGUGUAUCAAAAUAGCAUUUCUAUAUUUGGGUUGUUUCUGUGCAUUAAAAGUCUUCUGAAACUAC